CUCAAAAUUUUGUCUUAAAUUUAUAAUUCAUUCCUUCAUUCCCGAAAGCUCAAUUAUAAAAUCGAGAAGAUGCCGUUAUACUCAGGACCCGGACCAGCUGCUUAUAAUUUGCCCAGCACAUUUGGCCAGAAGAGCGGUGGACCACACUAUUCGUUUGGACGCAAAUCGGCAUUGCCAGCGAUUAAAAAAUUGGGUCCCGGUCCGGCCGAUUACCAAAUCGGUCAGAUAACGCGUUUUGGCAAUGCUAAAGGCCUUCAGUUCUCCAUGCUACAACGCGGAGUACUAAAUAAGCCCAAUUCGGUGCGUUACACAUGAGAAGGCAAAUGGGGAAUGAAAACGAAAAGUGGCAAUUUGAAUAUGCAACACUUUCGAUUAUUGUGUAUUCCUAUUGAUAGUUGUUUAUUAAAAUAUAUAUAUAUAUAUAU